AUGGAUGACUCGCCGUGGGGUGACGUUCCAUCCCAAUCGCAGUCAGAUAACCCGCAGGAUUUGGCCAGCUCGACCAAACCAAACGACACCCCCUCUUCCACGAAACAGACCUCCUCCGGCCCCCGUCCCCCCUCGUCUCGAAAAAUCCCGGCCCGCAAGAUCGAAGUGCAACCGACCAAGCUCGAAGCUGUGGACGAUUCUCUAGAUCCCCUCGGUCCUUUGGGCGCAGAUCCAGCUCCCGCGGCAUCUUCCGUAUCUGCAGAUCAAGCGCCGACUCCGCCGCGGAAAGAACUCACGGCGAGAGUGAACCGACAGCCCUCUGCGACUUCGCCUGGUUUCGCCGGUUCGGAGUAUGAAGAUACCACUCUUCCUCUCGCGCGACCCAAGGGUCCCCCGCCGGUACAGCCACAAACCAGCGCUCCUGCAGUCCGACAAACGCCGUCCAGUGUGAGCGUGGAACAGGCCGCCAAACCAAGCUUCGAGAUUUCGGUGGGAGACCCUCACAAGGUCGGGGAUCUGACCAGCAGUCACAUUGUGUACCAAGUCCGCACAAAGACAACCUCAAAAGCAUACAAACAGCCCGAGUUUGCCGUCUCACGUCGGUAUCGAGAUUUCCUUUGGCUCUAUACUGCAUUGCACAACAACAAUCCUGGCGUGGUCGUCCCCCCGCCCCCGGAAAAGCAAGCGGUGGGUAGGUUCGAUAGCGAGUUUGUCGAGUCAAGACGUCAAGCUUUGGAGCGGAUGCUCAACAAGAUUGCCGCCCAUCCGAUCCUCCAUCACGAUGCCGAUCUGAAAAUCUUCCUCGAAAGUGACGCUUUUAACAUUGACGUCAAGAACAAGGAGAACCGGGAACCGGAUCUGGGUCAGAAUAAGGGUAUGCUGAGUGCCAUCGGAAUUAAUGUUGGUUCGUCGAGCGGCAAAUUCGUUGAGCAUGACGAUUGGUUCCAUGAUCGCAGGGUCUACCUCGACGCCCUAGAAAACCAGCUGAAAUCCCUACUGAAGGCUGUCGACACGGUGGUUGACCAACGGAAAGGUCUAGCUGCCGCCGCAGGAGAGUUCGCCGCGUCGGUUAAUAGCCUCGCCCAGGUCGACCUCUCACCCGCUUUCUCCGGUCCAUUGCUGGGGUUGUCGGAUGUGCAGAUGAGGAUCCGAGAGCUCUACGAAAGACAAGCACAGCAAGACAUAUUGACCUUGGGUAUUACCGUGGAUGAGUAUAUUAGGCUUAUUGGCAGUGUCAAGCAAGCCUUUACACAGCGGCAAAAGGCAUUCCAUUCGUGGCAUGCUGCAGAAAGUGAACUGGCCAAACGGCGAAGUGCCCACGAGAAGCUUCUACGGCAGGGCAAAAGCCAACAAGACAAGCUGAACGAGGUUGGCGCCGGCGUCAGCGAUGCAGAGAAGAAAGCGCACCAAGCUCGGUUAUUGUUUGAAGACAUGGGUCGAUUAAUGAGGGGAGAACUGGAAAGAUUUGAGCGGGAGAAGGUGGAAGAUUUCAAGAGCGGCGUGGAGACAUUCCUGGAGGGUGCUGUUGAGGCGCAGAAAGAGCUGAUCGAACUGUGGGAAACCUUCUUGCUCCAGAUGGACGCCGAAGACGAGGCUCCUCUCAGGGGCCAGCAGGCUUCAGGUGAGCCGGCAAUCUCGGACAGUGCUGGGCCAACAGGGCAGGCUGGCGAAGGCGAGACAGGCGAGUCUCAUGACGCCGCCGCCCCGGCGACAGCAACAGACGUCGCUCUCGAGCAGGAUGCCUAG